AUGUCGACAGCAAUCGAGAACAACACCACUUCGAAUAACAUUACAGUACCUACAUGUUCGUUUACCUACAUUAGCAAUCGCACUUUUCAACCAAGACGUGUAACUGGUGGAGAGCGUACUUGGGAAUAUCUGAAAGAGCGAUUUAGUCGAGCAAGCGAAGGCCUUCCCGAUCCUUCUGCUAGAUACUUUGAAACGAUUGGAUUUGGUCCGUUUUUAUUUGCAGUCAUAGGCAACGAUGUAUUCUACCACGACCGAGAAAAAUGGCUUCAUUAUGAAUCAGCAACCAAUAUCGAGUAUGGAACUAUAAUUAUUGAUUUAUGA